GUCAAUGGAAAACAAUAGAGACCGCAGACCGAGGAGAAUAGGCUACAGCGUAAGAAAGAAAUAUUAAGGUCCGCACUUGUAUCAAGUGACCGGCAUAAAAGUAGUUUUGGAUACUGUACACAGAAAGAGAGAUUCGCCAGUGCUGACACUGGAUCGAUAUAUGCGAGCGAGGGCGCAACAAUAAGGCAGCGAGCAGUAUGCACGGGCAGUACUACGCUCCAGUUGGCGGUGGCUACUACGCGCAGACGGGCGCUGCGCCCGCAAGUGGCUACGGCGCCGCGGGCACAUUUCUCGGGACGCAAAAACCGCCAAAGAGCGGCAAGAAGAAAAUGGUGCACCCACCCCCCGGGUUCUCGGCACCGCCCGGCCUGGAAGGCAUGUCGGAGGAAGACUACAAUACCACCGCCGGCUACUACGCGGCUGUGGCGAGUAAGUGAAAAGAUUUCCAUAUAAAUUUGAUGGCUCCUUUUGGUUUUGUGCCGAGUUGAGAGUUGUAACCGCGACUGUCAAUUAUAAUUCUGCAUGGUUUUUUUCUUUGCCGUUUACAUGAAAAGUUUCAUACAUAAGUCCUUUUCUUUGUUGCUGAACAGGUUACAUGCCGUCGCACAUGAGUAGCGGCUAUUACGCGCCAGGGGCGAGCGCAACCGCGACCGCUGGGGGCGCCGCGCACGAGCACCACGCACGCAACGACGAAUACGAGGACGCGAUGGCGUUGGUCACGCAAGAGUUCAACAGCGAGGCGGAUCCGGCGGCCGCCGGGUGGUUCGCGGCCGGCGCCGAGCACUACGGUACCGCCGCGCCCGGGCUGCAGGCCGCGACUGCGGGUGGUGCAGCUGCUGCCCCCCUUGCAACCGCGACUACCGCCUCGACGGCCACCUCAGGCUCAACAGCUGCGACUACGGCGGAACAAGGAGUUAAGAGCGUGACCGCGGGCAAAAAGGGACCCAGCGGCCGGAAAGGCGGCGGCCCCACGCCCCAGCGCGAAAGUGUGGACCCCGUGGCUGCUGCGAGCAAGGGUGCGUCGCCGGAAACUACGGGGGACAACGGGGCCACUACGUGGGCCAGUAUCGCCGCGUCCUCCAGCAAGAAGAGCAAAAAGGCGAAGUCAAACACGGCCAUGGCACAGAAAUAUCUGCAGGUAUAGCACUUCUAAAGAUUCAUUCAUCCCUUUGUCCGAUUUUUCCCCAGAAGGCGACAAGUUUCAUUUUUGGAGAAAGAAUCUAAAUUUAUCAGUCACUGGAUAAGUCGGGAUCAAUCUUCAGAGGCCAACAUUUCAUGUGCCUCGGACUGGUGUCAACGUUAAUACCGCUAAUAUGACGAAAAACGAUGUGAGUCAUUCAUUCUUCAAUUUCCUUUUCCAUCUUGUGCUUUCAGGUGAACACUGGCACGGCCGGAAAAGCGGUGCAACUGAACCUCCCCGAAAAAAUGUCGUUAGAGGUGCAGGAAGCAAGUCCGGGGAGUCAUGGUAAUGGAGACGCCGAGGACAUUAAGCCAAACGAGGACGGGAGCGACGUCGGGCAAAGAACUUCGCCGGAGGCGGGCGUGGAAUCGUAUCCCGCCGCUGGAGCAGCAGCUGCCGGAGCCGCUUCUGUACUAUCAUUUUGUGAAUUUUGAUAUUCAACAUCUGGAGGAGUUAAUAGCACCGCCAACAAGGUCGGAAGAGAAGAAGCAGAUAUUGAAAAACAGGCGUGGUAGAAUUUUACAGUGCAGCGCAUCAUGGUUGUACUUCCCUAAACCCUAAACCCUAAAAUGUGCUUACAUAUAUAUAAUAUUUCAGGACCCGCAGCCAAAAUCGGAGAAGGAGAGUGGCGCGCGGCGCGACGAAGUCAUGGAUCAGCGGGCAGAAUUUCUCCGGGAGCAGGAGGAAAGGCGAGAGCAUAUUGUGAGGAAAAAUGUCCCCUCCCCAUAUUGAAAGCGCAUCCAUCUGCGGAUUUGUGAUGCAGAAUUGUGACGGUGGACAAAAAGCCAGAAAACAACGGCUACACUGGCAUACCCGCCGCCAUCCUGCUAAGGCCGUCCGAAGAGGACGGGAGGCGGUUCAUGCGGGCGAUCGCUUCGACUUUGUGGAAGUGCCGCCACGGCUUGGACUUGUGGCUGGCAAUAAUCUCCCCCGCGUUGUGCGGGGAGUCGGCGCCGGCCCCGCAGAAGCUGUUCUGCUUUGUUGGGCUUGGCGGUGCCGGAAAAAGCACGAUGAUCAGCGACCUGCUGCGAACCUGUUUCGGGUCGGGUUUCGCGCCGUGCAGCAGCGACCUGCUCCAGACGCCCGAAGAGUUCCGGAAGGCCGGCCACCGGCUCAUCGGGAAGGUCAUCGCCGCCGAGCAGGCUCUGGCUGUGUGUCCGCCGCGUUAUGGGGGCAAUUGGGCACGCUGUAAGGCCUACAGGGCAGCCGUCUACCAUGCUGGGCGCCUACGUCAAAGGCUCCGGCCUAGGCUCGCCAUUUGCGUGCAGUGCUCUACUGCAGCACGUACUUGGUUGGUUUGCCCAGGCAGAGCAUCGCGGGCGUUGUUUUCGAUAUGGGGAGGGGGGGCGUUCCCUCUUGAUAGAGCACCCGGACGACCUGCACAAGCAGCAGAAGGAACGGGAAAAGGCCCUUCGGCAGAAGCAGCGGGAAGCCGCCGAACGCUUUCGGUAUCUAUUAACUGGCUUGAACCAUGAUCGUGACUGGGAAGAUCAAAAACGACUUUUAAUCCUCAUGACAAAAGCAGUUACUGGAUAAGAACUGUUUCGUAGUUCAAACCUCCAAUAAAAUUUGUACCCUGGUGGCUUCAUCGCGUUGGAUUGCUGGAAACGAAAAUGCAUGCGCAACAUCCAUACACUAAACAGAAAAGAGGCUGCGGAAAAGCGUCGUGCCGCGGACGAGGAGCGCGCAGAGAUUCGACGGAAAAAGCGGGAAGAGCAGGAGCGCAAGAAGCCGACACUGAUCGAGGCAAUGCAGCAAGGGCCCGCACCGCACGCAGACCCCAACGCGAAGAAGCCUGGUGUGCUAUUCCAACAGCCAGCAGCGCCGCCAGGUACUGUGUUAUAGGAGAAAAACUAUUCCUGUAUGACUUCCGAGUACCGGAGCCCUUAAUCGUGGUCUAAGUAUCAUGUAAGACAGUACAUCUAAAUGAAGAGACUCUACUCAGCAUGAACUUUUUCAAUAUGCACAAGAAACACCAGCAGCAUUCCGAAUUUAUUUCACUUUUUCAGGCGCGCACGUGAACCAAAGCUCCGCUGCCCCGGGCUUUAAAGGCUACCAGUCCCCCAACCGCGCGCAGAUGUGGUACGGGCAGUGGGCGAGUCCGGAAAAUGCCUACCUGUACGAUGCAGCAGCAGCAGCCGCGGCGCAGCUCGACCACGCUGCUGUGUAUUGUUCAUAGUAGUUUUUCUUUUUGCAAUUUAAGUAGUCCACUUGUUCCCAAUGCAUUUGUAUUCUUUUUUCCCCGUCGAUCGAUAGAGGACUGCGCCAAUUUCCAAAACCCCAAAUGAAAAAUAGUGUCGUCGAUGCGUCUGACGCGGAGCACGUGGUGGAGAGCCUCACCGGGGACGGAACCGGUGCCGUCGAUGACGACGGUGUGGAGGUUUCCUGCAUUUUGCGCGCCGAGGUACCGCUGGCGGUCCUGUACAAAGGCGGCCCGUUCGAACACAAAGACGAGUUCGAGUCGGUUACCUUCACCAUUUAUGGAUUGCAAAUAUGUCGGUCUGGAAGAAGACAAAGUUGUGAUGCGCAUUUCAGAACACAGAAAAAUCUGUCGUGCAUAGGUAGCAAAAGCUGCCCACUUUCUGUCACCAAAAUGAGGGACUUCUCAUGCGGAUUCGGCAUUGCGGAAGCUUCUCGAAACCUGUGAUGCUAGAGCUUCCAUGCCAGACCUUCUGCGUCAUGCAAAAACAGCAUGAGUCUUCCAGACCCAGACAUUUUUUCAUUUGAUACCAUUCCGCCGCUGACGAAACCCGGGACAAAGUUGACCGAAAAUUCGCAAACGCUGGUCGUGUGUCUCGCGGACGAGGAGAAGGAAAUGCUGGACGGGGAGGACUUGAAACUAGAAAACGUGCCCAUCGACUUCUACACGGCGCUGCUGGGAGGUACAGAUAGAAGAAAGCUGUUUGAUUCUGUACAGCUGAAACGAAGAUUUUUCAUUGGAAAAGAAUUCAAUGUACUUAAGCGUGUUUGCCGUAUUUCUACUUACAACACUGAAGAACGGGAAAUAAAGUCAAGUCUCUAUCCUUCACUGUAAAAAGGCACCUGCAAGGCGAAUGUUUUCGGGGAAGAGGUAGAGCUGGCAGUACCCCGGAUGGUACGUGACGGCGACAUUCGAGUGUACCCCGGUCUGGGUUGGGGCAAGGAAGGCCGGCUCACCAUCACUUUCCAAGUAUUUUAGACUUGUUGUUUUCACAUCUCCUUUUGAUGCAUGGUUAGAUUCUUUCGAACAAGAUUGUUUUUUCAAUUCUGGCUGCCACAUAGAAGAUAAGUAACUUCCCCUGCUCCAUUUCAGGUGAGCGAGCCGGAGAAUUGGUCGGAAGUGCAGAAGAAAUUUUGCGCCGCAAUUGACCACGACCCAGAGCCUAAGUCCACCGCGGUCAUGCCAGAAAAGUGACGAGGCACUACGGGCACAGAAAAUUAUCGGGUGGACGCACGCUAAAAUUAUCUUAAUCUACUCCAUCACAAGUUGCUCGCACGGCGCUGCCAUCGUCACGUAAGAACCUGAGUGUGAUCGAUGUCAAAGACCCUUCGCUAGUUACACUGAUCCAUCGAAAACUAGGAGGGGUGCAGCUGCGCUGGAGACGGUCGUCCGUCAACGUGCUCUGCCAGCAACUACAACAGGCGAUUUAUUGUUUGGCGCAAGGAGUAGAUUCAGGUUAUCAGGAGCACCUCUGAAGAUAUUUGUGUGUGAAGAAUGAAAAAAAAUGUCACCGGAGCGAGCGGAAUCGGGGCCCCAUGAUUGUGAUGGCGACCUGAGAAGCGGAUCAGUGGUCGUUCUGUGAUCUAGGGCUACAGUCAUUGAAAAAAGUUAGCUAAAAAGGACUCCACUGCGGUUCUCAGAUUUCUCGAAAAGCAUAGAUGAAGUUGAAGAAGGUAUAGCACUUUGUUUUCACGAUCGCGAAAAGAAAAAGCAAACCGUCACGGUUUACCGUUUGAAUAAACGUACUGAUCUCUACUUCAGAACACUUAGAGUUGCGUGUUGCCGGUUCGUCCUAGGCAUAGUUUUCGAUUGAUCGAACGCUAGCACAAUCCUAACGAACUACCGCGUGACUAAUGUUGUUAGUACUUCUUCUACCGUGCUUUAUUUACACCUAUCGCACGAUGUCACAGUAAAGUCAAGGAGCAUGUUGCUCCGUUUCAGCUAUUGAUUGUCGACGAGGAAAAGAAAGUAGUCGAUAGCUUACUCGGAGCAGCACUCUUCUGCUAUAUCACAGCAACACCUGUCAGUCACUGCCUAAAAGUAAAAAUGUACGACUUUGAAGUUCUUUCGCUUCAUGCAAUGCUGAGAAAAAAAAACUGCUUUGGCGAAGCAGUACUUUUUCGUGUAACUCUACUAGGUUUAUUUGAAAAUAUCGGCAUGGGCGGCUGCACGCAGCACCUCGUGCUCUCAGCCUUGAUGUCGCAGAGCGGAUGCCCAAGAAAAAAUAGACGACCAUCUCCAUCUUCCUUCUACUACGAGGCAAAGCUCUACUACGAUGCCAAUUAUAUAUAGAUACAACUAUUGAGUUUCGACGUGUAUCGGGCUCUAUCCUACGUGGAUUCUUAGGAUAAAGCUCGUGACUCAGAUACUCCGAGAAGGCCGAAGAACCCGCACGGGGGGCCGGAAAUAUUGAGAUAUUUCGCUAUGUCUUAUCAGCUAUUCCCAUUUUUCUUUACUUUUAAAAGAAAGCGAUGGCUAUGCAAGAAAAUCCUGGGAUUUUCUUGUUGAGCUGUCGUGCGCAAGCGAAGUCCGCAGCGACUCUCGCAACAUCUACCAAUUAUCAUUCUUACAACCAGCAAAACUUAAACUUUUCAAUACUACUCUUCUCAUUCUCAUUAUAUAUAACACUCAGAGCAGUGCCUUUUAGUAUUCAUCUCUACCAGCAUCCAGGGAUCAUCUAGACAUCCUUAAAGAUGAGCGACGACUUGAAGUUUAAUUACUGAAACGCGAGAAGGUUCCGAUGUCGAAAAAUGCCACUACUUGAUGAGGUUCAGCAUGUCGCGCCUCACGGAGAGGUGGAUACAGUAGAUACAAUAAGAAUAUGUUGACCCAACUACACGAAUUAUUGCAGAUCCUACUUGCUUCGAAGAUGUCUUGUACUCUCCCUGCCAGCGAUGACAAUAAACACAGCUUAAUCUUCACGAGAUCUAUUACAAGCGGU